AUGGACCGCGUCCAGCUCGUGCUCCUGGGCCUCCCCAUCCUCCUCUUCUGCUCCGACGUCGUCACCCUCUUCGCGCCUCUUCCGCCGGCGGCCCCCGAGCCCGACAAGGCUCUCCACGCUUUUCAGCCCGGCGACGCCUCCGCCGCCGACGCUUCCGCACACGUGGAGCCGCAGGUGGAUGGACCUGGCUCCGGCACCACCGUCGACUUGAAGUUUUGCGCCUCAUGCUCGUACAGGGGGGCUGCAAUGACCAUGAAACGGGUGCUGGAAACCUCAUUUCCUGGGAUUCAUGUUGUCUUGGAAAAUUAUCCUCCACCGUUCCCCAAGCGUGCACUUUCGGUUUUCUCCAAACUGUCUGAGCAGAGGUUUCCUAGUGAGCUUGAGCUACAGGAGCUCAUUGGCAACAGGAUACCGGAUUCUCCGAUUCUGGAAAAUCUGGAAAAAGAUCUGGUGUUAGAUGAUGCUGAUUCUGAUGAUGCCAUGAGAGACUAG